AUGAAGCGCCGCAACGUAGCCGAACAAUUGGAAAGAGUCUACAACGAGCAACGCAAAGCAGCAACAUUGGCUUCAACUGCUACUGGAUUCAUCAUGUCGAUCUGCUUUGUUGGACUUCCAUUAUUGUGGUCAGGACUCUUCAAAGUGAUGCCAAUCCCAACUCCAACUGUCUGCUCUAGCGAUCCAUGGAGCGGAAUCACUGACUUGUGA